GAGAGGUUCCGAAGGGUUAAGGGUAUUGUUGUAAAUUCAUUUAUGGAGCUGGAAUCCAAUUGAUAAAGUCUUUCUCAAAUGGUGAAACCAACUCCCACCCGUUUAUUCUGUAGGACCCAUUUUGAAUCUUGAGGUGAUAGCAUUGAUUUAGGGUCAGGUGGGUCCAAAACAAAAGCAGAGAUCAUGGAGUGGCUUGAUGAUCAGCCGCCAUCGUCGGUUGUUUUCCUAUGCUUCGGGAGCAUGGGAAGUUUCGAUGAGGAUCAGGUGAAAGAGAUUGCCUGUGCGCUCGAGCAGAGUGGGCAUCGAUUCUUAUGGUCCUUACGUCAACCUCCACCAAAGGGUCAGUUCCCCAUACCGAGUGACUACACAAAUCCAACGAACGUGCUGCCAAAAGGAUUUCUUGAUCGAACGGUCAAGAUUGGAAAAGUAAUCGGAUGGGCUCCCCAAGUGUCAAUCUUAGCCCACAAGGCGAUCGGAGGGUUCGUAUCACACUGUGGUUGGAAUUCUACACUAGAGAGCAUAUGGUUUGGCGUUCCAAUUGCGACGUGGCCUAUAGGGAACGAGCAACAAUUGAAUGCCUUUGAAAUGGUGAUUGAGUUGGGAUUAGCGGUUGAAAUUAAAAUGGAUUACAGGAAGGAUUAUUCAGGAGAGAAUCAAGUGAUUGUGAGCGCUGGGGAGAUAGAGAGAGGGAUCAGGAAAUUGAUGGAGUAUGAUAAUAAGACAAGGAAAAACUUGAAGGAGAUGAGCGAAAAGAGUAGAAAAGCCAUGAUGGAAGGUGGAUCUUCAUUCACUUCAUUGGGUUGCUUCAUCGAUGAUGUGAUUAGCAAUUUGGAAUAAAAUUACAGGAAAAACUAUUCAUGUAUAAGAUUUGACAUUGGCAUACUUUGGAUGGAUUCUCUUGGUUUUUUGUUUUUA